GGAGUCAAAUUCCAGCAGACGUCACAGAAACACGCCGCGUAACGGGACAAAGUGCGGCUGCAAUCCGGCUCUCGUCUGCUUUCUGACAGCAAUGUGCUGCCGUGGCUUCAUUUUCCAAGUGGAUUUAAUAAAAUAACAAAACAAAGAACUUUGAAACAUUCGCUAUGGAUUAAACAGAGGAACACAAGCGCGAGCUUUCUUCAGGUUUCCCGACAGCGUUUCCCUCUGGCAGGAAACUCGCCAUUUGCGUCGCAGAGUUGGAUAUUUAAUGGAUCUAUUUCAUCCAAGCGUCGAUUAAGAUUACAUAUCUGAAAACCCCCGACUUUAAGUGGAAAGUGUGCAAAAAAAAAAAAAAAAAAAAAAAAAAAAAAUAUGAAAGAAAGCGAACGCGCUCGGUUCACGCGUAAAGCGCACGCGCAGCCCGUCGGAGAAUGACGCGCGCGGCGUUUGGAGUUUAACCGACCGCAACUAGUUCCGUGGAUUUACCGGUUUUAACCCGGCAUGAUGUUCGCAGGAAUGAUCAUGGUGGAAACCAGCUCAAAAACACCCCAAACUGACACCGACUCCGCGUGUCGCCUCUGCGCUGUGAGGACAGGUGGUGCGAGUCCGACCGCUGCAGCGGGAAACCAUCACAGACGGCCGGGAUAUCAGUCAUGUGACUCCAAAAGUCCUGUUUCUGGCUCGCCUACUACUGAGAACACUCGAAAGAACACUAGAAAGAGCGCUUCGGGUUUACCCAGCGAGCAAUGGCUUAAGGAUGUUUACGAGAGAGACGACAGCCGGGAUUCUUCCAAAACUCAGAGUCUGCGUGACGCAGAGGAAAACUCCUCAAUGCCAUCGCGCAACGUUUUUAAUUCGAGCUUCAGUUUCAUUCAGCAGUCGCUAGAAACUAGUGAUCUAUUAGAUGCGAGCACCAACAAAUCUGUGUGUAAAGCAUCUGAAUGGGAGCGAGUGAAGACGUGUGAUGCUUUUAAACCACACACUGCUUCAGGAAGUCACUCGAGCCAAUCAGAGAGCAGCAGUGUUCCAGCUAGCCAAUCAGAACAUGAGGUUUUCUCAUUAAGCAAUUCGCCUUGCUCGAUUGGUCAGUCGGUGCGACAGAAAGGGCUGCUAUUGGACCGAGAGCUGUGGCUGGUGGAUCUGGACGUACCCUGGCCACACCGGGACAGACAGAUUUCGUCCUCCAUGGCGUCUUACGCAAAAGAAAGCGUCCAGGACUCCGAUUCGAGCUCUCUGGACACUGAAGUCACGUCCUCGCUCUCGAUUGACUCGUCAGACUCGACCUCGGCCUCAUCGGUCACGUCCGGUUACGACAGCACAACCCCCUCCUCACAUCGGAGUCGGGACGGUCUGAUAAAGAAGUACGAGGAUGUUCUGCAAGACUGUCUGCAGAGCAAUCGCACAAACACCAAGAUCAAGUCCAUGAUGAUGAAGCUUCAGAGAUUACAGCACAAAGCGGUUCUGGAGGACGACUUUGACACAGCCGAGCGUUUUGGUAAGAAGCUAGAGGAGCUGAGGAGAGAGCGAGCGAUGCUGAAGCCUGGUUUACCGUCCAGACACCCGGAGCUCGCUGGAUUCCUGGAGCGUCUCAGGACGGCCGUCCACAGCGUCAUCCACAGGACACACACACACUGCAGGCAAAAUGGUGAAUUGAGUGACGAUCAGGGAUCAGGCAGCUCUCAACCUCGAACACGAGAGAUGCUUUUAGAGGAAAAACAGAGGAUUCAGAAGGAGAUGAGUGAUGUUCAGCGGAGGCUGGAGGAGCUGCGAGAGCGGAGCAGAGCUGUGGAGGAGCAGCUGGAGCAGCUGGAGCUGGAGGAGCCCGUCCUCGGAGGCUGUGAUCCGGCUCAGAUGCGGCUGAUGGCUCGAGGGCUGGAGGACAUGAUCAGCUCUGAACACCGGGGCCAGAUCAGUGCGUCUCCACCCGCAGAGAUCAUCAGACUUCAGGAGCAAGAGCGAGCACUGAGUUUAUCUGUCAAAGAGGCAACAGCUAAAGUGUUAUUGAGUCAGAGACUGGGAUCUAGUCUGCGUCAGAAGGUCAGCGAGAGUGAAACACAGCUGCUGGCCCUUCAUGAAGCCAAGCUCGUGGCCAUCUCAGGAAAUGACUUCAGCAGUGCGAAGGAGCUGAAGGCAGAAAUCAGGAGCGCGUACGGCGAGAGAGAUCGUCUGGAGGCUCUGAAGAGGAAGCUGAAGACUCUGAGCACAGGAAGUGGACGUGAUCUGAGCCGCAUGAAGGAGCAACACACCCAGAUCAGACUGGAGCUGCAGGAGAGAGAAGCCCAGUACGAGCGUAGUUUAAAGGAGAACACUCUGAAGUACAUUGAGCUUCUGGAGGACAGACUUCACAGCUGUGGAAGUCCUGUGCUGGAACACAUUUGGGAGGCUGAUUUGGAAGCUUGUCAUCUGCUCCUGAAAAGCCUCGAUCAGCACACAUCCAUUACCGGUAUCUCCGAAACCGAGGAUCUGCCCUCUGUUCCUGGAUCGGUUUCAGAUGUCCUGCUGUUCAGUAAAGAGGAAGCGGACUGCGCCAUGUUGACCGCUCUAGGGGGCCGCUGGUGCCCCGAGGCCGACCUCCAACACUCAGAGUUCACUAAGAAAUUAGAGGAGUUUCUCUUCUGUUUGGAGGAUGCUUCCCCUGAGGAUCUGUGCGGAGAGACGACAGAGCUGACAGAGCGAUGUGAAAUCAUCAGUGAGCGACUGCAUUAUCUGGAAGACCAGCUUCAGACUGCUAUAGACCACCAUGACAAGGACCUCACUCUGUCUCUAGAGAAAGAGGUUCAGGAAGUGAAGGCUGCUCUUCAAGCGAUGCUGUCCCAGCUGAAGGAGGAAGAGGAUGAAGAGAAGUAUUGUGAUGAAGAAGAAGAACAGGUUGAAGAUGAAGAGCUAGAAGAGGAGCAUUACUUCAGUGACAGCUGGGAAAUCUGAAUCAUGAUUAAAGAAGUCUGUUUUCAUGCUAUCCUCUCGCACUGAGCACUUAAAGAGAAUAGUUUCUACUUUCAUCUACUUGCUCUUAUGUCAUUUCAAAAGCAUUUGCUCUUUGUUUACUCGAUGCUAUAUUUCGUCUUUUGUCGAGGAUGCCAGUACACACCCCUCUCCACUUUCAUUGAAAAGUGUCAUCAGUUUUAGUUUCAUGCAAGUGAGGAAUUAGUGUUUAGAAUGACAUGUGGGUGAGUAAAUCUUGACAGAAAUCAUUUUUGGGUGAAUUAUUUUAUUAUUAGGACCACUAACCGUUUAAAUGUUGUCAGGAGUUGCCUUAAAAUGCAAAAUAUAAUUCACAUCUCAGUGUUGCCAGCCACUAUUUUAUUCUCGUCCUGUUUAUUUAUUUAACUUACUAUAUUUUGCAGCGGUUUCUUUGCUUUUACAUCACAUCGCAGAGGCCUGAUUUUGGAGCUUAGGGUUAUUUUAGUAUAUUUAACCGCAUGGCAUCCUAUUUAUUUAUUUAAAUUGCUUUGAUAUAUCAUUAUAUAUGUCUGGGACCAAUUUUUUUUUUAUAUAUAUAGAUAUAAAGAGCAAUAAAUCUGAAAAAAGGUGAAUAAAAAGUACCCGUCGGUUCAGACUGUCAGCUCAUGAUUGUAAUGUAACUUCAACUUAUUUCCACCGUACAAUUGAAUCCUGAACAGUGUUUUCAGGUUCAUGACAGAAGUAUGUGGUGCUUUGACUGAAACGCCUGUAUUUCUGUCCUGCUGAUGAAUUAUAAGGGCCAUGUAGCAUCAAGAGGCGUUUUGAAUUUUUUUUUUAAACCAUCUCCUUAUUUGAAGCAGAAAACAGGUGUUUUUUUAAGUUUUAAUUUAUUUUACUUUUUUUAAAGAAAGCACUUUUAUUAUGUAAUUUUUUUUGUCUUUGUUACCUGUGGAUUUUCACCUGUACUGAAAAUGUUGUUUGUUUGUACUAAUCCCACAAAUGUAUAUUUGCAUGUUCAUAAUCUGGUUUUACUCACCACUUUUUCUAUUUUAUAUAUAUAUAUACAGUUUGCCAAUUCUUAAGUUGUUAGUAUGAUAUUUUUAUUGUUUAUAAAUACAUUGGAUACUCUUGCAAAAAUGCCUUAGUAUUUCUUCCCCCCAUAAAACACCCAAGUUUAGUUUGUAAAAGAUUACACCAGACGACACAAAAUGCUAAAAAAAGGCAUCUAAAAUGAAUAAAGUCAUUAUGAAAUGA